UAAAAUUCUGGUUUGGUAAGUGGGAGAUUCUCAGAAAUGAGAAAAGGGGCAGGAAACUGACUUAGAAGCCGGAGCGCAAAGCUGCAGCCCCCAGCGGGCCAUCUCCCGCCCCCUCACUCCUGGCGGUGACCUCCCGCCGAGACCCCGGGCGGCUGCACCGACAGUUGCUCGGUCCUUCCCCGGCGCGUUGUCAUCGGCGGGGCUUGCCGGGCAUCGCCCGCUCCGCGCCGCAGCGCGCGCCAGCCCCCGGGGAGGGUGGGAAGGACCGGCUCUGCGCUCGCCGGGUCCCCAGGGCGCCUCUGCUGCGCGGCGGGCGCGGCGCCCACCAUGCCCGGCUGCCCGCGGCUCGCCCUGCUCUGCGCGCUGCCCUGGCUCCUGCGGGCGGCGGCACCCGGGAGCCCGGCGCCACCCCUCGCGCGCCGCGACCCCCACGACCCGGCCAGGGGCGCCGAUUUCGAUCGUGUCUACAGCGGCGUAGUGAGCCUCAGCACCGAGGACAUCUACUCCUUCUCCUACACCAGCCAGCCUGGCCAGGUCAGCGCCGUGCGGGUGCAUGUGAACAGCUCUUCCGAGAACCUUGACUACCCGGUCCUGGUCGUGGUGCGUCAGCAGAAAGAGGUGCUGUCCUGGCAGGUUCCGCUGCUCUUCCAGGGACUAUACCAGAGGACCUACAACUACCAGGAAGUGAGCCGUACCUUAUGUCCAUCAGAAGCAACCAAUGAAACAGGACCGCUGCAGCAACUGAUAUUUGUAGAUAUAGCAUCCAUGGCACCCCUAGGCGCCCAGUACAAACUGCUGGUUACCAGGAUCCAGCACUUCCAGCUACAGACAAAUGUUGCCUUUCACUUCACUGCCAGCCCCUCUCAACCUCAGUAUUUUCUAUACAAAUUUCCUGAAGAUGUGGACUCAGUUAUCAUUAAAGUUGUAUCUAAAGUGGCUUAUCCAUGUUCUGUUGUCUCCGUCCAGAAUAUCAUGUGCCCAGUGUAUGAUCUUGACCACAAUGUGGAAUUUAAUGGUGUCUAUCAGUCCAUGACCAAGAAAGCUGCCAUCACACUACAGAAGAAGGAUUUUCCAGGUGAGCAGUUCUUCGUGGUGUUUGUGAUAAAGCCUGAAGAUUAUGCUUGCGGAGGAUCUUUCUUCAUCCAGGAAAAGCAGAACCAGACCUGGAAUCUACAACGAACAAAGAACCUUAAAGUGACCAUUGUUCCUUCCAUUAAAGAAUCCGUUUUUGUGAAAUCCAUUCUUCUCAGCUUCCUCAUCUUCUUCUCCUUCUAUUUGGGAUGCCUGCUGAUUGCAUUCGUUCAUUAUAUCCGGUUUCAGAGAAAAUCCAUUGAUGGAAGCUUUGGUUCCAAUGAUGGCUCUGGAACUCUGGCUGUGUCACAUCCCAUUGCUGCCAGCACCCCCGAAGGAAGCAGCUAUGGGGCAAUAGAUGAGUCAAGCUCCAGUCCCGGCAGGCAGAUGUCCUCCUCUGAUGGGGGGCAGCCAUACCAGUCAGACUCGGACAGCUCUGUGGAGGAGAGUGACUUCGACACCAUGCCAGACAUUGAGAGUGAUAAGAACGUCAUCCGGACCAAGAUGUUUCUUUACCUGUCAGAUCUGUCCAGGAAGGACCGGAGAAUCAUCAGCAAAAAAUAUAAGAUUUAUUUUUGGAAUAUCAUCACUAUCGCUGUGUUCUAUGCACUACCUGUGAUCCAGCUGGUCAUCACCUACCAGACAGUGGUAAAUGUCACUGGAAACCAGGACAUCUGUUACUACAACUUCCUCUGUGCUCACCCUUUGGGUGUCCUGAGUGCCUUCAAUAACAUUCUCAGUAACCUGGGGCACGUGCUCCUGGGCUUCCUCUUCCUGCUGAUAGUCUUGCGCAGGGACAUUCUCCACCGAAGAGCCCUGGAUGCCAAGGACAUCUUUGCCAAGGAGUAUGGGAUUCCCAAACACUUCGGUCUCUUCUAUGCUAUGGGCAUCGCAUUGAUGAUGGAAGGAGUGCUCAGUGCCUGUUACCACAUCUGCCCUAAUUACUCCAACUUCCAAUUUGACACCUCCUUCAUGUACAUGAUCGCUGGCCUCUGCAUGUUGAAGCUCUACCAGACCCGCCACCCAGACAUCAACGCCAGCGCCUACGCUGCCUACGCCUCCUUCGCCUUGGUCAUCACACUCACGGUGCUUGGAGUGGUGUUUGGAAAAAAUGACGUCUGGUUCUGGGUCAUCUUCUCUGCUAUCCAUAUACUGGCCUCUCUGGCCCUCAGCACCCAGAUCUACUACAUGGGUCGUUUCAAGAUAGAGGUGUCUGACACAGAUCUGGGGAUUUUCCGGAGGGCUGCUAUGGUGCUCUACACGGACUUCAUCCAUCAGUGCAGCCGGCCUCUGUACAUGGACAGAAUGGUGUUGCUCGUCGUGGGGAAUCUGAUUAACUGGUCCUUCGCCCUCUUUGGACUGAUCUACCGGCCCAGGGACUUUGCCUCCUACAUGCUGGGCAUCUUCAUCGGCAACCUGCUGCUCUACCUGGCCUUCUACAUCAUCAUGAAGCUCCGCAGCUCCGAGAAGGUCCUCCCCAUCCCGCUCUUCUGCAUCGUGGCCACCGCGGUGGUGUGGGCCGCCGCCCUGUAUUUUUUCUUCCAGAAUCUCAGCAGCUGGGAGGGAACCCCAGCUGAGUCCCGGGAGAAGAACCGGGAAUGUGUCCUGCUGGAUUUCUUUGAUGAGCAUGACAUCUGGCACUUCCUCUCUGCCACUGCCCUGUUUUUCUCAUUCUUGGUUUUGUUAACCUUGGAUGAUGACCUGGAUGUGGUUCGGAGGGACCAGAUCCCUGUCUUCUGAGCCUCCAGCAUUAAGAGAGGAGAGAGGGAGCGAUCGAUCUUGGUGCUGUUUCAUGAAAAAUGC